AUGCCCAUCUACAAUAUUAUUGCGAGAAAGUUAAAGCCUUCAGAGUUUAUCGUGCAAAAGGUCGAUGAGGGCAAGUCGCUGCGCUCAGUCCUCCCGUUUAUUUCAAGGAAACUUGGCAUACCAUCCAUGAAGAAUUACGUAGCGUUUUCUUGUGAUAAAAGCAGGCGGCCGGUUGCCCGGCUGGACAUGGAUAUUCCGCUGGAGGAACAAGAAGUGCUGCCCUUGUCGUACAUCUAUAUUUCCCCUAUUGACGCCACACCAAAGGGUCCGGACGGUGAGGAACUCCCUCUGGUAUCAGAAUUGAAACGGGAUCACAACAGAGAUGGAGAGGAUGACGUGCCACCACCUCCGCCUUCUGAGGAUGAGACGCCACGAGUAGCCGUUGAAGAUGCCGACGGAGGUGCUGAACAGGAGGCCAAGAUGCGUGCUGAACACGAGGCCUGUAUGCGUGCUGAACACGAGGCCAAGAUGCGUGCUGAACACGAGGCCAAGAUGCGUGCUGAACAAGAGGAGGCCCGUAUGCGUGCUGAACAGGAGGAGGCCCGUAUGCGCGUCGACGUCAGCACAGUGCACGUAUCUGAUCUCUCUCACGCGCGCGCCACACCUCCACCGAGAAGCGCAAUGAAUGGCUUUGGGCGAGGUUCGCUCAGUGGCGUCCAGGCCAACGGACACCGUCAUCCCGACUUCUCCCUGUCGACGACGACAGAGCACCGCGUGCAGCUAAACUUGGUCCCAGACGUUGUCGAUACGGCGGUGGUGCAGAGCGACUCCCGCAGUACUGGGCCUCGCGCCCCAGGUGAGGUGGCCCGCUUGCUCGCCGCCGUCGCCGAGGAUGUCCCAGUGCAUCAUGCGGUGCUGCUGCGCAUGGCUGAUUUAGUGGUGAGUGAACACCCUAAAAGACCUCAACUGCAUCUGUGGUCUCACCUGCAAAGCAAGCUCGGGGGUACCCCCCACACCACCUCGCAACUCGACAAAAGUGAGGUCCGUCGCCGCCCUUCAUGCUCCUCUCUCACCUUUGCGCCGGUUGGCGACAACACUGAGGAACGUCUCUCUUCAGGGGCGCCGGCGGGUCCCGCGAGGGCAGUGGUGCGGCACUGGGUAAGGCUGCUUCUCGAUGCAAAGCCAGACAAUCCCUUGCUGUUCAUGUGGUCAAAACUCGAGGCAAAGGGGGGAAAAGAUGCCAUCUGUUUGGGUGCAUCGUCGUCAGUGCACGCGCUGGCGCCUGAGGACCCCACGAAGGUGGCAGUGCUACACGACAUUCCGCGUAGCAGUCCUGCCUACACAGUGCUGCUCGGCCUCGUAGACCUCAUUUUCGAAAAGAAGCCAGACGCGCCCGAGAUGUGGAUGUGGUAUCACCUCGUGGGACGGAGCAAGUCCGGUGGGUCCGCCUCCGGUCGCUCCUCGGCAAUUUCGCUUCGGCCGUUCUGUGAGGAAGCAACAGGAGAUCAGAGCUGUGCCUCUGAUGAUGAGGUCAAUGACUGCGAUGCGCCACUCUUAAUGGCGGCGAUUCAGUCUCAGCUGAAGGGCCGCGCUUUCCUGCCUUGUCGGGAGGGCAACGCAAAGCCGCGGACAAAAGAUGUGUCAACGCAGACGUCUGGCGUGCGCCCUGUGGAAAAAGUAACGAGCCCGGCUCCGUUGGUCGUCGUACCACUUGCAAAGAGUUCAUUGCCGGUUCGGGCUACAAACUUUCUCCUUGACCGCUCGCCACGUGAACUCUUGCAGCCACCACACUUUGAUAUGACGUUGCUUCGAUGCCGCCGCCAUUCAUUUAACGUCAUUGCCGAGUGUGAGUUAACACCGUCUCUGGCGUCCCCGCUCCGCCGCAACAGGUGCCAUGCACUCUCAGACUCAGUACCGUACGGUUGCAGCUGCGUGGCGCGUCGGGGCCGCUCCUGUUGCUACCACGAUCGCCCCUCAAUGCAGAAUGACGGGGGUCUGUCCGAACGCAGAGCACAGAGUUAUGAAUUGUGUGGCAGACACAGCGGGCAGCGCGAUGACCCUAUCCCAAUCCCACCAAGUGAUUUUUUUCCAGCGGUGCCAUCUCGCCGGUUAAAUAGUGAACCGACUGAUUUUAGGUAUGAUGCACGUCAAAAAGAGGCUGAGCGCGCGGAGCUGAUGUACGAGUACAACUGGUUUCUGCAACGUGAGGCGGUGCGGAACGAGCAGCUGCAGAAGGAGGUGGCGCUCCUUCGCCGUGAGAGGGAGUUCCGCGACCGAAGGGCGCCCUACGGCCCCUCAACGACCACGGCGUUGACUGCAGAGGCCUCGGCCUGCGGUCACCCCGAGGUGGAGACCCCCCUUGCGGAUCCCAAGCUGUUGCAGGGCUCGCCACAACCACCAACGGAGCUGGACGUCAUGCGCAAGCGGUUGGAGCUGCUGAACAUGGAGGCAGCGCGCUCCCGUUAUUUGUCACAAUCGUCGCGGAGCCCCAACGCGGGGAAGCGCGCAGAGGAGGCGGCGUCGCCGCACGCGACGUGCGGCAGUCCUUCGUUGAGGCCUGGUAGCGAGUACGUCGGCGUCUCGCCCCAUUUUACCCCCGUGAGGCGUGCGGCCUCUCAGGGGCGGAACUGA